AUGUCCAGUCGUUUCGGCCGCGACACAGCCCGUGACGACCUCUUCAGCAGUUACAACCGAUCAGCCUCGCCCUCGAAAUCCAAAAACAAGAGUCGCGCAUCGCCAUACAACAGCACAGGGGGCUACGGCCUGCCCUCCUCGUCUGAAGGACCAGGAUUCUCCGCCUAUCCCAGCGCGAAUGCGAACACGAGCUUGUACGGCGGGAGCAGCUACGGGGCUGGGGGAGGCUAUGGUGUAGGUGGCAGCGGAAGGGACGGUGGAGCGAGAGACGGGGGGCUAGGGGGCUACAGAAGCGCGACGCCGAACUCAAAGGGCCAGUACGCGAGUGCGACGCUGGACGAGCUGGAGAGUCAGAACGAGGAGCACACGGGGGUGCUGAUUGGGAAAGUGAAGAUGCUGAAGGAUUUGACGCACCUCAUCGGUGACGAAAUUCGCGACUCGACGACCCUCGCUGAGAAAAUGAACGACCAGUUUGAGAACAGCAGGAACAAGAUCAAAGGCACCAUGAACCGAAUGCUGAGUAUGGCGAAGAAGACGGGCGUAGGGUGGAAGGCGUGGUUGGCCUUCUUCGCCGCGCUGAUACUGUUGUUCUGGUGGGUAUGGCUUGGGUGA